AGAUCGAAAAAAUAUUAUAGAUAAGGACCGAAGAAAAGAACGAGAAUUAAGAAGGGCAUUGUCAUAGCUUUUAUAUUUAUUAUCAUUUUAAAUAUAAUGAAGGAACAAAAACAAAUGUUGGAUCAUCUCGAGGAAGUUGAAAAAAAAGCUGGAGAAAUUUUAACAGAUAGACAAGAAAUAGUAUCAUUAGAUAAACGAAGAAAUGAUGAUAGAGUUGGUAUGCGAGAAUUACAAAAACAAAAUAUUGAAAAAUGUUGGAUAACAUUGGGGCCUAUUUUAAUAAAAAUCCCUUCGAAAAAAGCUCAACAAUUACUUGUUAAAGAUCAAAAUGAAUGUGACGUUGCUAUAAACAAAUUACGAAGUGAUUUGAGAGUUAAAGUUAAUGAGUUACGUGAUUUGGAACAUGCUACACCAGUACCAGGAUUAAUGUUAAAACCAUUAUCUCAUGGAGAAAUGUCUGCUAUCAAUAAAUUAUGUGGUAAAGAUUAAAGAUUUGAAAAAAAAAAAAA